AUGUCUCAAUCUGUACUAGUCAUCGGAGGUUCUGGAGCCCAAGGCACUCCAGUCGUGAAAGCACUGUCGCAACAGCCACAAUACUCAGAAAUCAGAGUCUUGACUCGUGAUACAACAUCCGCAAGCUCCCAGUAUCUCGCAACACUCCCCAAAGUGUCGCUGUAUACGGGCCAAACCGACAACGAAGAAGAUCUCAAGGGUGCAUUUUCAGGAAUCGACCUCGCCCACGUCAACUUGAACAGUUUCGCCCUCGGAAUCAAAGAAGAACUUUACUGGGGAAUCCGCAUCUACGAAAUUGCCGUCCAAUCCGGCGUCAAACACUUCAUCUGGUCCUCCCUGGACCGGUUCAUGGCCGACACAAGGUACGACGAUGAAACGCGAGCUAUCCAUUACUACGGCAAGGCAUACGUCGAGCAGUGGCUCUCUGCUAUCCCCCAGCGCAAAGAUUCCACAAGAUGGACCAUCAUGACCACGGGGCCGUACAUCGAAAUGCUCUCCCAACUACUCCAACCCCGCCAGGAAGAUGACGGAACGUACGUCUUCGAAGUACCCCUCGGAGACGGCCUCGUCCCAUUUAUCCAUCUCGAUGAUCUGGGUCACUACGUGAACUGGAUAUUCUCCAACGCGGACGAGUCUGCUGGGAUGAAUCUCAAGAUCGCCAUCGAGCAUGUCUCGUAUGAGUAUCUCGUAUCAACCUUUACAAAGGUUACCGGGAACCCGGCUAAAUAUCGCAAUGUCUCGUUCGACGAGUGGUUCACUACUGGGCCUUUGAGUCCCGUUGCGGAUGUUAAGCUUGGGAAGCCGCGUGAUGAUCCGACUUUGUCGACAAAUCGGGAGAAUUUCACGGCUUGGUGGAAACUUUAUCAGCUUGCUGGGAGUGAUCGGAAUGUGCUAAAGCGCGAUUAUGAACUUUUGGAUCGUAUUUUCCCGGACAGAGUGCGGACUGUGGAGGAAUGGAUGCGGAAGGUUGGGUAUACUGGUGAAGCUCGAUUUGUGCUUAAGGCUUAUUGA